AUGCAAGAGUUGUUGUCUGACGAAGAGAAUUCGCUAUUUGGAGAUGUUUACUUAUCAGACGAAUAUCAAAUAGAAAGUGAUGACUGUAGUCAUAGUGAUAGUAGCUCGACUUCUACAAGUUUCAGAAAAAGUAAGCGCAUAAAACUAAAAGCAACCAGAUCAUCUGACCUAGAUAUUUUCCAGCCAAGUACGAGUUCAACACUAAUUUCAACAAAGCAUGCCAGUACGUUGACCAAGAAACCUAGUACUACGAUUCAUGUCACAGAAACCAUAGAAGAUGUCAUUGCUCAAUUUCGAGUAGAUGAAUCGUCUUCAGAAGACGAUGAUUCACUUCCAACGAGUGAUCCUACAUGGGGACCAGUACAAGGUAAUCACCUAAAAGAUUUUCCGUUCAAGGAGCCGAAUCCUGGCAUAAAAUCAGAAAUAUAUGAGCGGUUCUACGAUAAAACACCAUAUGAUUUUUACAAACUUAUGGUACCCGAUUACAUAAUAAGCCAUAUUGUUCUUGAAACGAAUCGUUAUGCGGAACAAUGCAAGAGAAAUAAUAAUCUACGAAAGUCUAGAAAAAAAGCAUGGGCCGAUACCAACUCAGAAGAAAUAGAGACAUUUUUUGGAAUAAUUAUGUGGAUGGGGUUGUCUCAGUUACCAAGUAUCGAGUCAUACUGGCGGACAUCAUUUUCGUACUCCAAUAAAAUAAAGUCCUUGAUGAGCAGAAAUAGAUUUCAACUUUUGCUAAAAAUGCUUCAUUUCAACAAUAAUGAAGGAGUCAUACAAAAUCGACUUCAUAAAAUAAACCCGCUCAUUGAUAAACUCCUAGUAAGCUUUCAAGCUGUUAUCAGUCCUCAAAAUGAUCUAUGCAUAGAUGAAACACUUGUCCCUUUCAGAGGACGUUUGUCGUUCAGACAAUACAUAAAAAACAAACGCCACAAAUUUGGCAUAAAGCUAUUCAAGUUAUGUGUCGAUAAAGGAUAUACCUAUAAUUUUAGCGUAUAUUGCGGGACUGAAAAAACUGAAGGUCAAACGGUAGCAACGAGCGUAGUACUUUCCCUUUUAACCAUUUCAAUAGAUCAAGGGAGAACCUUGUAUACUGAUAAUCACUAUACAAGUGUUUCCCUAGCUCACACUUUGUUAGACCGAAAGACACAUAUAGUGGGGACAUUACGUUCAAAUAGGAAGCUCAAUCCCAAAGAUGUUGUCACUAAAGAGAUAAAUAAAAAUGAAAUUGUCGCCGCUGAGAGCAACACAGGCGUGGUGGUUUUGAAUUGGAGAGAUAGAAGAGAUGUUUUGCUCCUUAGUACAAAACACACUGAUGAACUAGUAACAGUAAGUCAAAGGGGUGGUGAAGUACAGAAACCAAAAAUAAUAAGCGACUAUAACAAAUGUAAAGCUUUCAUCGAUCUUUCAGACCAAAUGAAAGCAUAUUCAUCAUCUUUGAGAAGGAGCUUGAAACGGUACCGAAAAUUGGGAGUUGAGCUUCUAUUGGGUACGUCUUUGGUGAAUGCAUAUAUAUUGCAUCAAGAGGUUGCAAACGACAAAAUGCCGAUUACAAAAUUUAAAGAAUGCGUUAUAUCAGAUUUGUUACAUUUUCCAACUGGGACACUUAACAAAACGGCACCAGCUGAUGAACCUUCAGCACAACAUGUUUUGGAAGAAAGUCAAGGUGCUAGCAGAAAACGAGGAAGAUGUGUACGAUGUUAUGAGAAAAAAACUGAAGAGGUUGGGAGAAAGGCUGCAGCUAAUCAAACAACACAAAGUAAAUUCAGAUGUAUAACAUGUGAAAAACAUUAUUCUAUGGCAUAA